ACAAAUGAAGCGGGAAGUCCGAGAUCUCCUUCCGUGUUGUGCUUCUUCCUUAUCUCUCCUUUCUUGGAAUAAACCCGCGGGAAUUGAAUCCACGGUGACUUACUUUGUCCUCAAAGCUCCUUCGGGAAACUUCGACGACCACUCCGAACGAGCCCGCCUUCCCUUUUAUUUUGGAAGUUGCUCCCGCCGAAAGUAUAUCUUGCGGGUGCGCGCGCAAUGGCAGCUCGUCUCCGUCGUCUUCCCGCUCACGCCGACCUGGAACCGCCGGUGAAAUCUUGCCGAUAAAAAAAAAAAAAAAAAAAAAAGAACUCAUGAGGAGUGGACGGUGAAGCCCACGCGCGCGUGGAUGUAACCUGCAGCUCGUGUUCAUGACAGAAGCAGCGGCUUUUAUUUUGGAGGGUCGUCCGAGGGGCUCGCUGUUUUGGCGCGUCUAGAGCGCACCUGUCGGACUCCAAGAUGCUCUCCUCUGGGAAAUAUUACCUGCUCCUGGUCCUGCUGGCUGAAAGUGUCCUGGCCGACCCAGCAACCUCAAACCAAGUGAUUCUUUUGGACACCACGGCGGUGCUGGGAGAACUGGACUGGAAGACCUAUCCUGUCAACGGGUGGGAUGCUAUCACAGAGAUGGAUGAACAGAACAGACCAAUCCACACCUUCCAAGUUUGCCACGUAAUGGAGCUGAACCAAAACAACUGGCUUCAAUCUGGAUGGAUCCAGCGGCAGGCAGCACAGAGGGUAUAUGUGGAACUGCGCUUCACUCUGAGAGACUGCAACUCCAUUCCUUGGGUGUCUGGCACAUGCAAGGAAACCUUCAACCUCUUCUACCUGCAGACAAAUGAGCCUCUCCCCGCGGGGACACGUUUCCGACCCUCCGACUACGCCAAGGUCGAUACUAUUGCAGCGGAUGAGAGUUUUACUCAGACAGAUCUCGGCGACCGCGUUCUUCGCCUCAACACCGAGGUUAGGCAGGUGGGACCUGUGACACAGAGAGGUUUCUACUUGGCCUUCCAGGAUGUGGGCGCUUGUAUCGCUCUCGUGUCUGUUAAGGUGUUCUACAAACGCUGCCCAUCCACUCAGCGGAAUCUGGCAGUUUUUCCCGACACGGUGCCGCACACGGACUCUUCCUCGCUGGUGGAGGUUAAGGGCGCCUGUGUGGAGAAUGCCGAAGAGAGAGACACGCCUAAACUGUACUGUGGCGCCGACGGAGACUGGUUGGUGCCGCUGGGUCACUGCAUGUGCAGCGUCGGCCACGAGGAGACGGACGGAUCCUGUCAGGCGUGUAAGCCUGGUUCCUUCAAACCGUUCGCUGGGAACAUGAAGUGCUCUCCGUGUCCGCCGCACAGCGCCAGCCAUGACCAGGCCGCCACCAUGUGUCACUGCGAGAAAGGAUUCUUCAGGGCUAACAAGGACCCGUCCACCAUGGCUUGCACAAGGCCUCCGUCAGCACCCAGGAACUUGGUGUCCCUGAUCAACGACACCGCCCUCUUCCUGCAGUGGAUGCCUCCCAGCGACACGGGGGGCCGGGGGGACGUGGUCUACAACGUCCUGUGCCAGCGCUGCGAGGGCGACGGUGGCGGCGGCGUGACGCACUGCGAGCCGUGCGAGGCCGACCUGAGGUUCAUCCCGCGGCCGCUGGGUCUGACGGGCAUCUCGGUGGCCGUACUGGACUUUGCCACGCCCGCCAACUACACUUUCCUGGUGGAGGCUGUGAACGGCGUCUCCGGGCUGGCGGUGGCUGCACGCGCGCUGAUAAACGUCACCGUCAACACGCACCAAGCAGGUCCUGCUCUGGUGGGGGUCAUCAAGAAGGACUGGGCCACUGAUAGCAGUAUCGCCCUCUCCUGGACAGAAGAGGAACAUCCGCCCUUGGACAUUGUGGACUAUGAGGUCAAAUACUACGAGAAGGAAGAAGAGCAGCUGAGCUACUCGUCCACACGGACCAGCACUCCCAGUGUGGUGGUGUCGGGCCUCAGAGCCGCCAGCGUCUAUGUGUUCCACGUACGCGCGCGCACAACUGCUGGCUACACCGCUUACAGUUCCAACUUUGAGUUCUCCACCGCAGCUGAAGCGCCUGAUGUGGCAGAUCAGGGUCAAGUUCUGGUUAUUGUCACGGCAUCUGUGGGUGGCUUCUCUCUGCUGGUCAUCCUCACACUCUUCCUCCUCAUCACUGGACGGUGUCAGGGGUACAUCAAAGCCAGGAUGAAGUCCGAGGAGAAGAGGAGGACACGCUUCCGUAGUGGACAUGUUCCUUUCUCUGGGAUAAAGACGUACGUGGACCCCGACACGUACGAGGACCCCACUCAGGCUGUGGAGGAGUUUGCGAGAGAGAUAGACCCCUCCUCUAUUUGCAUCGACAGGGUGAUUGGCUCAGGUGAAUUUGGCGAGGUGUGUAGCGGUCGUCUCCGCACACCCUCCAGGCUGGACAUGGCGGUGGCCAUAAAGACGCUGAAGGGAGGAUACAUGGAGCAGCAGAGGAGAGACUUUUUACGUGAAGCAUCCAUCAUGGGACAGUUUAACAGCCCAAACAUCAUCAGGCUGGAAGGAGUGGUCACCAAGAGCAGGCCUGUGAUGAUAGUGGUGGAGUACAUGGCAAAUGGAGCGCUGGAUUCUUUCCUACGGACGCGUGACGGCCAGUUCACGGUGCUGCAGCUGGUGGGCAUGAUGCGUGGCGUGGCGGCGGGCAUGGCCUACCUCUCCGAGAUGGGCUACGUUCACAGAGACCUGGCGGCCCGCAACAUCUUAGUGGACCAAAACCUGGUGUGCAAGGUGUCGGACUUCGGCAUGUCCCGGGUCAUGGGCGAGGACGCGGAGGCGGCGUACACGGCGACAGUAAAUUUUUACUCUGACCGCCAGGGGGGGAAGAUACCCAUACGCUGGACGUCACCCGAGGCCAUCGCGUACGGGAAGUUCUCCUCGGCCAGCGACGUGUGGAGUUACGGCAUCGUCAUGUGGGAGGUCACGUCGUACGGCGAGAGGCCUUACUGGGAGAUGUCCAAUCAAGACGUGGUUCUAUCUAUGGAGGAAGGGUAUCGGUUACCUGCGCCCAUGGGCUGUCCCGUCACGCUGCACCAGCUCAUGUUGCACUGCUGGCAGAAGGAGCCCAGUCAGAGGCCGCGAUUCAACAACGUGCUUUGUUUCCUGGACAAACUCAUCAUCAACCCCAGCGGUCUUCUCACCCUGGUCAAUGACACAAACAGUUUCCCCGAGUCUCCAGACGACUUGCCCGACUACCCGCUCUUCAUCUCCAUCGGAGACUGGCUGGACUCCAUCAAGAUGAGCCAAUACAAGAACAACUUCAUUGCUGCAGGAUACACCACGCUGGAUUCCAUCGCCACCAUGAGCAUAGACGACAUCCGGCGAAUCGGGAUCUGCCUGAUCGGCCACCAGAGGAGGAUCAUAAGCAGCAUCCAAUCCCUGCGCCUGCAGUUCCACCACAUCCAACACAGCGGCUUUCAAGUGUAACGGACCGCGUGGGCACGCAGCCGCCGGACUGCUGGGGCUAAGAGGGGGGCGUCACACGACCAGAACCAUCCGCCGUCUGGUCCCUCGUCAUCUCAUCGGUCUUUGGACUGCCGCCAACCUCAGCCGGCUCUCGUUAGCUCAGCAAAUAUUAGGACAGCUUUGAAUUGAGUGUGUGGGUUGAAGUGGCGGUCAGUGAAGGCCUCGACAAUCCCGACGGUUCUCAUCCACUUGAAUCCGAUACCUCAACACCAGAGCAACGUUUGGUGUUUUCUUAGCAAAUUUGAGGCCGGUUUAUUGAGUUAUGUCAUGACAAAAAUGGUAAAUACGAUCCUGUUAAUGAACUGAAGACCACUGAAUGUCAAAAGAUUUUAUAGAUCCACAUCCAUGGUAUUAAAGUGCGUCUUGUACUGGAAGUCAUGUAAAAGGUGUAUGUCUCUUCCUUAAUAAACAAAUCUAUUUUAACUCCCUUUUAAUGACUCCCUACACACACACACACACGUGUAUCCAUGGAAACGUGCUCUUAGCCGUCACUCAAGAUACUGACACGUUUUGUAGACAUGGAGUGUUGUCAGGUGAUUUUGUCAAGCAGGAGCCCGGAGCUCAUUUUUGUAGCUACCUGUGGCACAUUCUUAAUAAAACAAAAACAUCCAUAUUUAAUAAAAGUGAAAUAAAAGAGCAUUUUUAAGGCUUCAAUUAUUCCACAUGAAAUAUUGUACUUUGAAAUAUUUUUUCGGAAAAAACAUGGCAUGUUUUGUGUGUUUGAAAUACAAAAGACAACG